CAUACAUAUUGCACGUCUUCUUGGAGAGGAAAACUAUACAUCCUAAGCAGAAGCUGUGAGUUUUGGCUCACCCUGACACUGGAGGCCUCAUGGAUUCCCCUGGGCUGCACUAGCCAAGCAGGGAUGUUCUCCAGAAGAUCUUUGCUUUUCUGGGGUGUCCUACUUGCUGCUGCUCUCUCAGCUGCCAGGCCCCCUUCCAUUCUGCCAGACCAAGUUGCCCCAGAAUCCAAACCAGAAAUGGAAUCGUAUUUGACCCGUCCCGGAGAUGUGAUAAUUUUACAGUGCAGGCUUCGAGAGGAUGUUCAGAGCAUCAGCUGGGUGAAAAAUGGUGAUCAGCUUUUGGAGACUAACCACACGCUUAUAACAGGGGAGGCAAUCCAAAUUCUCGACGCAAGGCUGGAGGACUCUGGGUUAUAUGCCUGUGUUACUAGCGGUCCAUCUGGAACGGAUACAGUUUUAUUCAAAGUUAAUGUAUCAGAUGCUCUGCCUUCAGCUGAAGAAGACGAUGACGAUGAUGACAAUUCAUCCUCCGAAGAAAAAGCUGCAGAAAGUUCCAAACCAAACCGUCCAUUUUGGGCAAAUCCAGAGAAGAUGGAAAAGAAACUUCACGCUGUUCCUGCUGCCAAAACGGUAAAGUUCAGGUGUCCAGCAGGGGGCACUCCAACGCCAACACUUCGCUGGUUAAAAAAUGGCAAAGAGUUCAAACCUGAUCACCGCAUUGGAGGAUACAAGGUCCGUUCUCAAACCUGGAGUCUUAUUAUGGAUUCUGUCGUUCCAUCUGAUAAAGGAAAUUACACCUGCAUUGUUGAAAACAAGUUUGGAAGCAUCAAUCACACGUACCAGUUGGAUGUUGUUGAGCGCUCUCCGCACCGACCAAUCCUACAAGCUGGACUCCCUGCAAAUAAAACGGUCACAGUGGGGAGCAAUGCAGAUUUCUACUGCAAGGUUUACAGUGACCCCCAGCCUCAUAUUCAAUGGCUCAAACAUAUUGAGAUCAACGGAAGUAAAAUUGCCUCUGAUGGAUAUCCAUAUGUGGAGGUGCUCAAGACUGCAGGAGUCAACACCACCGACAAGGAGAUGGAGGUUCUCCAACUGAGGAAUGUUACUUUUGAGGAUGCUGGGCAAUAUACCUGCUUGGCCGCUAAUUCCAUUGGGCUCUCUCAUCAUUCUGCAUGGUUGACAGUUCUUGAAGCAAUGGAUGAUAAACCUGCACUUAUGACGUCCCCAUUACACCUGGAGAUAAUAAUCUACUGCACUGGAGCUGCCUUUGUGUGUGCAAUGCUGCUGACCAUCGUGAUUUUCAAGAUGAAACACCCAUCCAAGAAAUCGGAUUUCAACAGUCAACUGGCUGUACACAAGCUGGCCAAGAGCAUCCCACUGCGCAGACAGGUGUCUGCUGACUCCAGUUCAUCAAUGCACUCAGGAGUGAUUUUGAUCCGGCCCUCUCGUCUUUCAUCUAGCGGCUCACCUAUGCUGGCUGGAGUCUCUGAAUAUGAGCUUCCUGAAGAUCCUCGAUGGGAAGUAGCAAGGGACAGGUUGAUCCUUGGAAAGCCACUUGGAGAAGGCUGCUUUGGUCAGGUUGUCAUGGCAGAAGCCAUUGGCUUGGACAAGGAAAAACCCAACAGAAUCACUAAAGUUGCUGUAAAGAUGCUAAAAUCGGAUGCUAGUGAGAAGGACCUUUCUGACCUGAUUUCAGAGAUGGAAAUGAUGAAAAUGAUUGGCAAACACAAAAACAUUAUUAACUUACUUGGAGCCUGCACCCAGGAUGGUCCUCUCUAUGUAAUUGUGGAAUACGCCUCCAAGGGCAAUCUGCGUGAAUACUUACGUGCACGGCGCCCUCCUGGUAUGGAGUAUUGCUACAACCCCAGCUGUGCUCCCAAUGAGCUGCUGAGCUUUAAGGAUCUAGUCUCCUGUGCCUACCAGGUGGCACGUGGCAUGGAAUACCUUGCCUCUAAAAAGUGUAUCCACAGAGACCUGGCGGCAAGAAAUGUUUUGGUGACAGAAGAUAAUGUGAUGAAAAUUGCUGAUUUUGGUCUUGCUCGAGAUAUUCACCACAUAGACUAUUACAAGAAGACCACCAAUGGCCGGCUACCUGUAAAAUGGAUGGCACCUGAAGCCCUUUUUGACAGAAUUUACACCCAUCACAGUGAUGUCUGGUCAUUUGGGGUACUCUUAUGGGAGAUUUUCACUCUUGGAGGCUCCCCCUAUCCAGGAGUCCCAAUGGAAGAACUUUUUAAGUUACUAAAAGAAGGGCAUAGGAUGGACAAACCCACAAACUGCACCAAUGAGUUGUACAUGAUGAUGAGGGAUUGCUGGCAUGCUGUCCCCUGUCAGAGACCAACCUUUGUACAGCUGGUCGAAGAUCUGGACCGCAUUGUGGCUCUAAGCUCCAACCAGGAAUACCUCGAUCUCUCCAUGCCAGUGAAUCAGUAUUCUCCAUGUUUCCCGGACACCAGAAGCUCCACUUGUUCCUCGGGGGAGGAUUCUGUGUUUUCCCAUGAUCCUUUACCAGAUGACCCCUGUCUUCCCAAAUAUGCCAAUGGAGGAUUAAAAAAACGCUGACCUUGGGAGUUCUAUAAAAUGACACUUGCCUUUUCUUUUUUUUUUUUUAUCCACUCCUGAAAGUCAAGUUUGAGAACAUUUUAGUUUCAAGCAUUCCGAAAAUUACUACCACUUCCAAAAUUCCAAGCACUGCGAUAUAAUUCCGUUCUUGAUUAUAGAGGGCAAAACUUUCCAUGAUACAUUUUUAGUUUUCAUUCCCAUCUACGUUACUACACCACUUGGAUUUUUUUUUUCUUCUCUUUUAAAUACUGAAGUAUUGUUACUUGGCCCUCUUCGGGUAAGAGAUUUCAGCUCAACCCAUGACAUUUGGAUAUGGAAGCGUAAUGAUGAUGUUAAUCAAAUGGAGUAUCAAGACUUGAAUCUUCCUCAUUUUACCGUAACCGUUCUUCCUGCAUCUUAUUUACCUUCAAAGAAUACACUCUCAGCUGACGUUGGUACACUCCAAAUAAGUAUCAUUUUGGAUUUAUUCUAAACUCUUGUAAUUCAUUUAGUAGAGAAUCCCAUAAAAAUGAAGAACAUUUACCUUGGAUUCUGGAACUCCAAAUAUGUCAUCUCAAACCUAGAUUAAAUCUUGGUUGUUCUCCAAAGUAACCUCAACAAUUCUGACUUUGCUACAAGAGAUUUGCUCGGUUGGGUGAACUGUAUCAGCGAUGCAGGCAUCUUAAGCUAAGACCACAUACCUGUUCAUUUUUUAUUUUAUUUUUUUUAUUUUAAACUGUGACUGUCCUAAUCAAUGGUCACCUAGAAGUCUUAAUAUAUUAAAGGAAUGUUUUAAUGCACCUACAUGUAGGCAUCAUAAAGGACAAUUCAGAGAUAAAGCAGACUGAUUUUAUUCAGUAAAUUUUAAGCACUCUGUUGACCAAUCAGCGGUACGAAGAAUAUGCCAUUCCCAUGUUUUCUAGAGUAUUUGACUCUGACCUGUUCUAUGCUCUUAUUCAGAAGCUUCCUGGCAAAAUAGAGCCCCUUAACACAAUUAAAGACUUUGCGCUGCAACCACAGUCGGUUUUAACAAAUACAUUUUUUUGAAUCAAAUGGUCUUGAAAACUUUGGAGAACUUGGUAUGUUUUAAUUCUCAUUUAUAGUGGAAAAUAAACAUGGGCAGAGUACCAAUUAAUGCUUUUCUUGUGUAUAUAGCUAGAAAUUGUAUAAAUAUGAAUUAUAUAUUUACAUGUCUUUUUAAGAAAAAUGUUACAAAAUAUAUACCAGUUUGGUAGUAAAAUGGCUGGUAAUUCAGUUGCUAUAAACAAAAAAAUCAUAUAUUUUGCUACGUUUUCAGUUUGUAUUUUUUUAAAUUAUGUUCUAAAACCUUUCAUAUUCCCAGUAAAAGUCCCUAAAUA